AGAGGAGGGGCAGCCAUGCGCUGCUCCACCCUGCUGGCCAUCCUGACCGGGGUGCUCCUGUACCUGGUUCUGGGGGCCGUGGUGUUCAAGACCCUCGAGGCUCCGCGGGAAGAAGGCAAGCACGUACAGCUGCUGGGAACAUGCCGGGACUUCCUGCACAACUUCACCUGUGUUGAUCCAGACAACCUGCAGGCCUUGAUACAGGAGGUGGCUGAAGCCAUCGGUGCAGGUGUGGACCCCAGUGUGGGCAACUCCACGUUUGUCAGCCAGUGGGACCUGGCCAGUGCCUUCUUUUUCUCGGGUACUGUCAUCACAACAAUUGGUUUUGGAAACAUCUCGCCAAAAACUGAAGGUGGUCAGUUGUUCUGUAUCUUCUACGCUUUGGUGGGCAUUCCUCUCUUUGGUAUCCUGCUGGCCGGAGUGGGUGACCACCUGGGCACUGGCUUGAGAAAAACCGUGGCCAAAAUUGAGAAGCUGUUUCUGAAAUGGCGAGUGAGUCCCACGAUUGUGCGUGUGAUCUCCGCUGUCCUCUCCAUCCUGCUGGGAUGUUUACUUUUCGUCGCUGUGCCCAUCCUGGUUUUCAAGGAGGUCGAAGGGUGGACUCUUUUAGAGUCGGCCUACUUCGUGGUCAUCACCUUGACAACAGUGGGAUUUGGAGAUUAUGUUGCCGGUGACUCUGGAGUUGAAGGCAGUGACCACUGGUAUAAACCUCUGGUGUGGUUUUGGAUUUUACUGGGCCUGGCCUACUUUGCGUCCAUCCUUACGAUGAUCGGUAACUGGCUCCGUGUUCUCUCCAAGAAGACAAGAGCUGAGAUGGAGGAGCUGCGAGCCCAUGCCACUGACUGGACACAAAACAUUCAAAACAUGUCAGUGGAUUUUCGAAUACCAGAUGACCCAUUCAAGCGUCGGCGACGAAGGCGCCGCCAUGGCCGCCACAGUCACGGUCAAAACACUGUCGGUGCUGACGCCCCAGGAGAUGAAGGUGAACAGGGCAGUCAGUCAGAGUCUGAAUCUUACACCUCUACUUCCUCAUCUAACCAAUCUGAGACCGGAUCAGAAUCAAACUCUCAAGGCACCGAGACAGACCGUAUGGCAGAAGAAUCCACCAAAACAGAAAAGCCUGAUCCUCAUCUUUCUCAGCCUCUGGACUAUUUUGGAGAAAAUCUGGCCUUUAUUGAUGAAUCAUCUGAUGCUCAGAGUGGUAAACUGCAUUUAGAUCCUCUGUUGGAUCCCGCACAAACAAGCGAUGCUGCACGCUCUCGCCAGGCCAAGAGACGCCGCCACAGACGGCCGGUUCCACCGAGGAACACCAAGAGCAACAAAAUCCACCCUGAGAAACUGGAGCUUAAUGGAAACCCACAGCCAGUCCCUGACCUAGCACUGAAGUCUUAAGGAGAUGAGAUGUUUGAACAUUGCUAUGCAUUUCAGGGUCUAUUCUGCUUGUACUGGUGGUGAAUGAGAAAAGCCUGCGCUCCUUGCAAAGAGUACUUUUGCAUUGGAUGUCCUUAGCAUGUGCCUGCUCAUCUCAACACGGAUGAUGUAUUGGUUUUGAUGCCAACUUUUUUUUUUUUUUCUGAGGUACUGCUGCUCUCUGGUGGAACAAGACAUUAUAGUUCUACUCUGCAGAGUCCACAGCUUUCCUUAUCAGGAAUAAUUU